AGCAGGUGGAGCUGUGCUCCAUGAAUGGAACUAAUAUUUACUGUGAGGAGAAUUGCACCGGAAAUGUGCGCUUUGUCUCAUUUAGCUGAAAGUAAACUAUAAUGACAGUAAAACGUUUUAUGUACUCUAUAUUAUAAAUGUAUCAGUUGUACGGGAAGAAACGCCACUUAAUCCGUUAAGGAUGGUUCUCCCAUGUGUUCGACUCUGCCCUCGCCACAUGGGUCCAGCCCUCCAUGUGUGCGGCUAUGCGACACUCAGCAGAGCCUCCAGACCGCAGGAGAAGAGCAGCGGUGGGCCGGUGUUUCAGUACGUGGGCGAACACAGACAGCCGACCCACAAAGUGUUUGUGUGGGGCUUCAGCUUCACUGGGGCGCUGGGGAUUCCCAGCUUCGUAGUGCCGGACAGCGGCAGGAUAAAGCCCCGCAAAUAUCAGUUUACUCCGUACCGCCUGGAGACCGCAGAGCAGAUUUCAUCUGCUGCUUGUGGUUACGGUUUCACUCUCAUGGCAUCUUCAACCAAAGAUGUGACCAAACUUUGGGGAAUGGGCCUGAACAAAGACUCCCAGCUGGGCUUCCAGCGCACACAACACAGCCGCCAUAAUAGCUAUGAUUACGUCUUGGAGCCAUCUCCGGUGGCCCUGCCUCUCAUCCAGCCUCAGCAGACCAGGGUGGUCCAGGUCUCCUGCGGCCGGGCCCACUCCCUGGUCCUCACCGACCAGGAGGGAGUGUUCAGUAUGGGGAACAACGCAUACGGCCAGUGUGGGAGGACGAUAGUUGAAGAAGAAGUCUACAGCGGCAGCCACGUCAUUCACAGGAUCGAAGGCUUCAGCAGCAGGGUGGUCCAGGUGGCGUGUGGGCAGGACCACAGCUUGUUCCUCACCGACACAGGGAAGGUGUUUUCCUGUGGAUGGGGAGCCGAUGGUCAGACGGGUUUGGGCCACCACAGCAUCAGCUCCAGUCCGGUGGAAGUGGGAGGCGACCUCGGCGGCGUGGAGGUGCAGCAGAUCAGUACGUAUGGAGACUGCAGCCUGGCUGUUUCCAGAGACGGUCAGCUGUUUGGCUGGGGAAACUCAGAGUACAGACAGCUGACCUUAGCCACAGAGUCCACGCAGAUGAACUCUCCACGUCAUCUCCCUCUGAAAGGCUGUGGAAAGGUGGUUCAGGCAGCAUGUGGCGGGACCCAGGUUGCUGUUCUCAACGAAAGGGGAGAGGUGUUUGUUUGGGGCUACGGCAUUCUGGGAAAAGGUCCAAAGCUAUCCGAGUCUUCGUCCCCAGAGUUGAUUCCUCCGACUCUGUUUGGACGCUCGGAGUUCAGCCCCUCUGCGGCUGUGGUCAGGAUUAGGUGUGGCCUCAGCCAUUUUGCAGCAGUGACAGAUCGAGGUGAGCUGUUCGUUUGGGGAAAGAACAUCAGAGGCUGCUUGGGCAUCGGAAAGAAAGACGACCAAUUCUUUCCCUGGCGGGUGACUGUUCCAGGUCAGGUGGUGGAUGUAGCUUGUGGUGUGGACCACAUGGUGGCGCUGGUAAAGUCUCUCCUGUGAGCUGACUUUUGGGUCGAGACCUGUUGCUGACAUCGGAUCGGAGCUGCUUUCUCGGAUCCAUUGGGUGACAUCAGGCAGAUGUCACCCAAAACAAAGGCUGUGAACCUUUACCUUCUGAAGGUGGACCUCAAUUAGUUCUUUCAAUUCUCAAACCAGAUCUGGAGAACCGGGACUCAUCCCAUUACAGAGAGCUUUAAACCCAGCCAAAUGUCUAUUUAAAGUUUCAGUUGUAGUUUUGUCUCACAUGGUGAUCAUUUCCAAUACAUGGGAAGGUUAUGCAGGGUAGGAAGCUCAGGCAGAUCCUCCAGCUUGUAAAACAGCAAACGGCAUCAUUUGGAAAACAGGGUGCCAACAUUUCCUGCCUUCUGCAGAUAAAAGUGAAUAAACUCUGCUAGUGGAGAACCAUGUGGUUCUGAGGUACUUCAGGACUUUGUUGCACUAAUAACCGUGAUGAUUGGAUCCAUCAUUGUCCAUCAGAAAAUGCCUUCAGGUUGUACCAAAAGGAACAUUUACCCUUUUAGUCGAUCAUUAUCUGGAAAUAAAUAAUGAAAUGAUCUAAUACACAUAUUCUAAUGUUGUUCAUGGAGUUUACUUUAUUUUAUGCACAUUUUAUUUUAUUCACAACAUUGUCCUCCCCCGACUUGGUCAGUGAGAGAACCUCUGCAGAGUUGGCACCGAGUGGCUGAGUAAGUGCUCAAUAAAACCUCCUGGUAAUUCACUGA